UCUCUCUCUAAAAAUUCCUCCUCUCAAGACCUCUGCUCUCCACUCUCGGCAGAGGUCUGCUGCUAAAUUAGGGUUUUUAUACGUCUCCGUCGCCAUCUUUUUGCUUGGGAAUCUUCAGCUUUGUGUUUUACCGACAGUUUGGUCUAGGAUUCGCCAAUGGAUUCCCACGAGGGAAACGGUGUAGGAAAUGGUGCAGGAAAUGGUGCAGGAAAUGGUGCAUCAGAGUCUUUGCCACCGCCCCCUCCAGUUCCACCAAAUGUUGAGCCGGAGCAGGUUCUUGAACCAGCUAAGAAAAAGGUGGUGCGCGUCCCGAUAGCGAGACGUGGUUUGGGAUCGAAGGGGAAUAAAAUUCCUAUACUGACAAAUCACUUUAAAGUGAAUGUCACAAAUGUUAAUGGUGACUUCUUCCAUUACAGUGUUGCUCUUUUUUAUGAAGAUGGGCGUCCAGUAGACGGAAAGGGCAUUGGUAGGAAGGUCCUUGACAGAGUUCAUGACACUUACGAUACAGAGCUCGCUGGGAAAGACUUCGCGUACGAUGGGGAGAAAAGUCUGUUUACACUGGGUCCUCUUCCUAGAAACAAGCUCGAAUUUACAAUUGUGCUUGAGGAUGUUGUGUCCAGCAGGAACAAUGGUAAUAAGAGCCCUGGAAGCCCCAACGAUGACCGGAAAAGGCAACGAAGACCGUACAAUUCCAAGACGUUCAAGGUGGAGAUCAGCUUUGCAGCGAAAAUCCCGAUGCAGUCAAUUGCAAAUGCUCUUCGGGGUCAAGAAUCAGAGAACUCUCAAGAAGCCCUGAGAGUUCUGGACAUAAUUUUGAGACAACAUGCAUCGAAGCAGGGCUGCCUCCUUGUUCGCCAGUCGUUUUUUCACAAUGACCCGAAGAAUUUCGUAGAUGUUGGAGGUGGCGUUCUGGGCUGCAGGGGCUUCCACUCUAGUUUCCGGACUACACAGGGUGGAUUGUCUCUAAACAUAGAUGUUUCUACGACCAUGAUAAUUCAGCCCGGGCCGGUUGUCGAUUUCCUUAUUGCAAACCAGAAUGUGAAAGACCCCUUUCAAAUUGAUUGGGCAAAGGCGAAACGGACCCUGAAGAAUUUGAGGAUAAAGACCAAUCCUGCGAAUACUGAGUUCAAAAUAUGUGGACUGAGCGAAAAGCCUUGCAAAGAGCAGAUGUUUUCAUUAAAGAAGGGAAAGGAUGAGGAUGGAGAAAUCCAGACUGUUGAAGUGACUGUGUAUGAUUAUUUUGUUAACCACCGCAAUAUAGAGUUGCGUUAUUCUGGUGAUCUACCGUGCAUUAAUGUUGGGAAGCCAAAGCGCCCUACUUACUUCCCUCUGGAGCUAUGUUCUUUGGUAUCCUUGCAACGCUAUACGAAAUCACUCUCAACUUUUCAAAGGUCGUCUCUAGUCGAGAAGUCAAGACAGAAGCCACAAGAAAGGAUGAGGGUUUUGACUGAUGCUCUUAAAGUCAACAAUUACGAUGCAGAGCCUAUGCUGCGUUCUUGUGGCAUUUCAAUCAAUAACAACUUCACCCAAGUUGAAGGCCGUGUGCUCCCAGCCCCAAAGUUGAAAGGGGGAAAUGGAGAAGACUUCUUUCCGAGGAACGGCAGGUGGAAUUUUAACAAUAAGAAAUUUGUGGAACCAGCAACGGUAGAGCGCUGGGCUGUUGUAAACUUUUCAGCUCGCUGUGACGUACGUGGCCUUAUUAGAGACUUGACAAGAAUUGGAGAAUCGAAGGGCAUUAAAAUUGAAGCUCCGUUUGAUGUAUUUGAGGAGAGUCCACAAAAUCGGCGGGCCCCACCUCCUGUUCGAGUGGACAAGAUGUUUGAAGACGUACAAUCCAAACUUCCUGGAGCACCUAAAUUUCUCCUCUGUCUGCUUCCUGAGAGGAAGAACUGUGACAUAUAUGGUCCAUGGAAGAGAAAGAACCUGGCUGAUUUUGGAAUUGUGACCCAAUGCAUGGCUCCAACAAGAGUCAAUGAUCAAUAUCUCACAAAUCUCAUCCUCAAGAUCAAUGCAAAGCUUGGUGGACUCAAUUCGUUGUUAUCUGUUGAAGGUUCUCCCUCUAUGCCCUUGAUAUCUAAGGUUCCUACCAUGAUUAUUGGGAUGGAUGUAUCACAUGGCUCUCCGGGCCAGUCUGAUGUACCAUCGAUUGCAGCGGUCGUCAGCUCCAGGAACUGGCCAUUCAUUUCACGUUAUCGGGCUUCUGUCCGCACCCAGUCACCCAAAGUUGAGAUGAUAGAUUCGCUUUAUAAGCGUGUUUCUGACACUGAAGAUGAUGGCAUUCUUAGGGAGGCUUUACUGGAGUUUUACGUGAGUUCAGGCAAGAGGAAGCCCGAUCAAAUUAUUAUAUUCAGGGAUGGAGUCAGCGAGUCGCAGUUCAAUCAAGUUCUGAACAUUGAACUGGAUCAAAUUAUUGAGGCCUGCAAGUGUCUGGAUGAGAAAUGGUCACCGAAGUUUGUGGUGAUUGUUGCGCAAAAGAAUCAUCAUACAAAGUUUUUCCAACCUGGAUCGCCCGAUAAUGUCCCACCUGGUACGGUAAUUGACAACAAAGUAUGUCAUCCCCGGGGCAAUGAUUUUUACCUAUGUGCACAUGCUGGAAUGAUUGGGACCACUAGGCCAACACACUACCAUGUCCUGUUGGAUGAGGUUGGUUUCUCGGCUGAUGAACUCCAGGAGCUAGUACAUUCUCUAUCCUAUGUAUACCAGAGGAGCACUACGGCCAUUUCAGUUGUUGCUCCGAUAUGUUACGCUCACUUGGCGGCCACUCAGGUGGGAACUUUUAUGAAGUUCGAAGAAUUCUCAGAGACAUCCUCAAGCCAUGGGGGGUUGACUUCUGCAGGGCCUGCACCUGUGCCUCAGUUGCCUAAACUUCAAGCUGCUGUGUGCAAUUCAAUGUUCUUUUGUUGAGGCUGGAAAUCCCUAAAAAACUCUUGCUACUUUAUGCAAAAUGACAGGUUAAACAAGCGGUUUGUUGUAAUAUUUUGUAUAUAUCUAUCUAGCUAGCUAGCUUUUGGUGAGAGCUUCGCCUGUGGAGGGCACUGGCUCAAGCAACUAACUUAAGAUACGGUUAGGUUGCAAGUCUGUAUUAUUAGGUUUAUCUGCGCUACCCUGCCAUGCACUUUGUUGGUUCUGAUUAUGCUGUGUGUAUCUGUGAAUGCUUUCCCGACUGGUAAAUGGUUUAAGUAUGAAAGUUUCGGAUGGUGUUGGGUUA